CACACACUUUGAGGGUUGGAGGAAGAUGAGCUUCACACAGAGCCUCUCGUGGAACUCCUGGGCAUGGCCUGUGCCCCUGGGCCCCUCAUGUCUGCCCCAGAAGACAGAGGAAGACCACUGUGCCUGAGCCAUCCCCCAUCACUUUGGGAGCCCCAGAACCCAGGCGAGCAUCACACAACCCCACAGCCAACGCCGAGAGGGAGCCACAGCAAGGUAGGAGGAACAGGAGAGCGGCAGACACACUGACUGGUGCCAAGGCAAGCACACAAGGCUGAAGCUGGGACACACUGCACCAUGGGCACCCACACCACGAUCCUGUCAGAAUCAAUAGGGAGAACACUUGCAGCCCACACUCGGCAGGUGGCUCCGAAAAGUCAGGAAGGAGACAGGGACCAGAGUGGCGGCAUCAUUUUGGUCUUUGCGGGACUCCUGGCUCUCCUGCUGGUUGUCACUGUCGCCUGCAUCCUGUGGACGUGGAACAAAAGGAAGCAACGGCAAGUCCCCUACCUGCGUGUCACUGGCAUGCCCUCGCUGACCCUGCCUCGGCCUAGACAGCGUGCCAAAAACAUCUACGACCUCUUACCUCCAAGGCAGGAGGACCUGGGGAGACCCCAGGUCAGCAGCAUCCGGAUCUUCAACACCGAGAGCCUCCUCUCCAGAAACUUAGAACCCCCUGGGCCUGCGCCUUCCCAAGUAAGCAGCACCCACCAGGGGCAUGAAGUCCACGUUCCUGCCUUGGGGUACGCUGUGGGUAUCUAUGACAACGCCCCCAUGUCCCAGGUGUGCAGUAACCGGGCUCCUUCUGUACACUACAUCAACGUCCAAGCCCCCGGGCGCCACGUGAGCACCUCAUCAGAGGACUCCAACGAUUACGUCAACGUCCCCACCACCGACGCAGUGGCUGAGUCUCCAGCUCUUGUCACCAGCUCCCUUGGAAGCCUCUUCAUUAAUCCUAGCACCCAGAGGCUGGAGUUCCCUGAGGAGCGACAGCAGGGUUGUGAGUGUGCCAGCGACUAUAGCACCCUUUGGUACCCAGGCACUGCAAGCAGCAAUGAUGCGCUCAGCGAUGGGGAGGACUCGUCCCAGGCCUCUGAUGACUAUGUCAACAUGACAGGCCUGGACCCUGGGGCCAGGCAGGAGCAGCCCUGGGGGGUCCUGCAGUGCUGCAGAGAGCAUGGAAAUGUGACCCCGGUGGAACCCGAUGGAAGCCAGCAGCAGGCUGGGGGAGAAGUGACAUCCCCAAGUCCUGACCACACAGCAGACAGGACAGUUGGCCCAGAGACCCACAGCCAAUCUCUCCCACAGCGGCUGCUAGCAGCUGGAGAUUUGGUGGCCUUCCAGCUACCAGUGCAGAGUGACAACAGCCAGCUGAAGCAGGAGGAGACCUCCAGCGAAGAGUCGGAUGACUAUGAAAAUGUGCUCGUUGUCCACCUGGGAGGCGGGCAUGUGGAGCAGUGGCCUGCUGAAUUAAGAGCCAGUUAUCCAAUAGGAAGGUCUCACGACAGGAUCUGUCCUGCCAGCUUCGCAGCCACUGAAGAGCCUCAGGAAGACCCUGGACCACCCUAGUACUUGAGCAGAUUCCAUAGGUUCUUCUACAAAGCAGCGGCCCAGCACCAGGGCUCUGGGACAGCCCGAGCAGGAAGCCAGUGUCUCCAUACCAACCCAAGGCAGUUGGCACGGCUACCUUCCAGGACUGCUGGGAAACGAAGAACGAAUGGGAGGGCCCUCUAAGUGAGCAGUGGGCCUGAGAAAGACUAGGAUAAUUUUGUGAGCCAGAAGGGAGGGAGAAGGGAGAGGAGUGAGUGGGCCAGUUACGUGGCAGAAACAGGAUGGUAGGCAGAUGCAAGAGGAAGGCCCCUGGAUGUCUGGGGGAACUGCAGGGCCUCCACAACCACUUUGGUGUCUGGCAGCUUGUCAGAAGCACACACCUGACUGCCACCCUUCCCUCCCCCCAGUUCUAUACCUAGAAACUGCUCCAAGUGAAUUGAAAACCUGGGCUCCCUCAAAAACCUAAGCAUGACUGUUUCUAGCAGUUUUGCUCAUAAUUGCCAAAAAGCAGAACUAACUCAGGUGUCCUUCACCAGGUAAAUGGGUGAGCUGGAUACCCACCCCAGGGGUCCAUCCACACCCAGCAAUUACAAGGAACAAAGAAUUGGUUCACACAGGUGAUGGGAGCCAGAUUGUAUCUGGUCUGAUUGCAAUUAAGCGAUAUUUCGGAAAAGGAAGACUACAGGAAAAGAAAGGAGACAGUGCUGGCCAGGCUAAGGGGAAGGGGGGCAGUGACUGCAAAGGGGCUGCUGGCAGAUGAGCCAACUUGUGCAUUAGUCAAACAAAGAAUUGCAUGCGUGCAGGCUUUUAACAAGCUAGCCAGGCUCUCGGGGCACCCAGGAUGGUGGGUUGUGACAAAUCAAUCUAACUGUAUUACUGUGUCACCGGUGUGAUGUGAACUUUGCUUAGGGAAGAAGGAGCUAACCAAAUGAACUUUGGAAAACAAUGUUUUGACUUGCGUAAGGUACAGUGGCAAAGAGCUGGG